GUUUUUGCAUUCCUUGUCAUUUGCAUACACGAAUGUGUAUGCAAUUACGACCGCGUUGGUUUAUAGUGACAGUGGUGGUGGUCACUUCUCCAAUACUGGAAGCACAUUUUCCGAACUUGGAAUAAUUUGUCGUAGCAAAAUCAGUCCAAAUACAAUUCGCCAAUUUAUGGCGAAUACCCUUCCUCAGUAACGGUGAUGUGGUGCUAGAUCAGGCCAGAUGACAACUCUCUCUAUAUGUAUAGGCAUACAGCAUGCAUGGGAUAUAGUAUUGCAUGUUGCGUGAAGGUUGCUUGCUGCCUGGUGGUUUGCUUCCUCCACAAAGAAGGAACAUUCAAUUGUGAACUGGGGCAAAAGCUAACUGAGUGAGUUAAGUUAGUCCUCAUUGAUCAACAGUAAAUUGCUCAACAACUGCAAAUUAUGAACAAAUAUUAAACUUGACAUUAGAAGCUUGCUGCCAGAUUCACUUUGAAAUUCGAGGAAUGGUUGUUGAAAGGUUUGAACCAGGGUUGCAAUUGUCCACAAGAAGUUUUUCAAUUACUAGCACUGGAGUAGCGGAAUAGCAUGUUGUAUUGGACAAGUACUUCAAAGUAGCAUGUUCCAAAGCCAACUUGCCAUUAUCAUCAAAACCACGGCCUGACUCGUAAAUUUGGUGGCAAAUAAUUCAUCGGCAAAUGAAUCACAGUUCUUCACCUCCACCUCCAAGGGGUCACAAUAGUACUUGAAAUUAUGAGUUGUAUGAGCUGGCUGGGACGAAUCGCGACACGUUUCUUUGUCACGGGAGGAUUUCACCCGGAGCAUUAUUUGGCAGCCGUCAUCCCUGUCGAGAGGUUUAUUCGAAGACAGAUCGCCACCGGUAUUCACAAGCGAGACCAACAAGACUUGGCUGACGUUGCCCCCACGUCCUCCUCGGAGGCCAUUGAAAGAGGAACGAGAGCUGAGUUGGUCAAGGAGAGGGCGGCUGCCACGAUCUGCAAAACGCUGCAUAGCAAAUGGCACGACUUUCACCUCGGUCCAGGCUUUGUCUCUGUUGUUUCUGGUCUUCCCAAGGAUUUCGCAUCGUCUCGCUUCAGACGAGGACAGUUUGGGGAUGAUGCCUGGUUUAUUGCGAGAAACUCGAAUGCAGACGUCAUCGGUGUGGCUGAUGGAGUUGGUGGUUGGCGAAACUAUGGAUUGGACCCUGGAGAAUUUUCCUUCACUCUGAUGCAAGCCUGCGAGAGAUUGGUCGAAGGGGGACUAUUCGUCCCAUCAAAACCUGCCGGACUUCUUGCCACGGGGUACAGUCAUCUCAGAAGACUCAAAGAGGUCAAAGGGAGUAGCACUGCUUGCGUGGUGGUGCUGAGUCGCAAGGAUUCUGUCCUCUACUGUGCCAAUUUGGGCGACUCGGGUUUUGUGGUUCUUCGUGACGGCGAAAUCGUUCACAGGUCCAAAGAGCAGACACAUGGAUUUAACACCCCAUAUCAACUAGCGUGUCCUCCUCCAGGCGAAGUUGGGUUGUGUGACAGCCCUGACUCUGCCGACCUUUCCCAACUUUCAGUGAGAGACGGGGAUGUGAUUCUCUUGGCUACGGAUGGUGUUUUCGACAACCUUCCUGAAACAAUGCUCCUUGCUGAGCUAAUUAAGAUACAAGGAGAAAAGGAUCCCCUUCACUUGCAAACUGCUGCCAAUGCCAUUGUUCUCAUGGCUCGAACUAUUGCCUUUGACUCCAAGUACAUGUCACCAUUUGCCAGAAAUGCUCAACAGAAUGGAAUCAACGCCAUGGGUGGAAAGCCGGAUGAUAUAACCGUGCUCUUGGCCACAGUGUCGAUGGAUAAGUAGGGCGACCGAGAGUCCUUAUUGUUGUACGUUAGAGACAUGACUAACAUUUACAGUCUUCUGUUGUCUUUUUUCACUUACUUAAAACAAGAGUCCGUAAUCAACAUAUACAAAUAAUCUUGUGAUGCUGCAAUUAAAUAUAUAAAUGUUGCAGGCAGGGCUGCAAUCAAUCCCACCCAGCCUGGUUUUGAUGAAGAUGAAACAAGUCUGAAAAAAAAGUUUCUGGCCGUGGUCGAACUGAAAAAAAUAGAUACAAAGUAUUUUUAGAAUAGAAUAAUAAUACGCAAUCUCGGUAAUACAACUCGAGGAAUUUGAUCACUCAAGCAAUAAUUAGCAAAGUUGUAUUUCAGUAGUCAGAACGUAGCAGAAUCUAAUUAUUUUUUACUAGUUCUUCAAUUUAUAAUUCAUGUUUACUUGAUGUUCACAAGUCCUAAUAAUAUAGCCACUCUUCAGUUAUGUAUUCAUACAAAUAUAUGCAUUUAAGUAAAUAUUUAAUAAGUUUGAGAAGUGAGAAUAAGUAAAAUAUGUAAGGUGAGACAACUAAAUAAUUACAAGGUACACACACCGUACGUACGUGGAUUCGAAUAACUAAUUUAUUAGCCGAAUCUAAGCAAUAAUAAAUGUUUAUUAUUAUAUGUGAAGCAAAAA